UCAUUGGUACAAGCGGAGAAAAAGAAAAUGAGGCCUCUUUCUAUUGUGUUGGUUUUGAACAUGGUUGCUAUCGUAAUCUUCUUUAUCUUGCUCUCGAUUUCCUUCCACGUUGAGGGCUUGAGACCUCUAAAAGAUUAUGAAUCUUCUUCUUGGUCGAUAAAUGGUAUCCAUUUAAGCAAAGCAUAUUCAGGGCCGAGCCACAGCGGACGCGGUCACUGAGGAAGCAGAAGGCUAUCGGACUGAGAAGCAAGUCAUGUUCAUCUUGCGUGGAUCAAAGUAGCACAUGCUUUGUAUACAACUUUUUUUUUUUCUGAUACUGUGUAUGAUUAAUUUCCUAUAGUCUGUACUUUUUCAUUUGCUACACAAUUUAUGUUUUUUUUUUUUCUGUUUAUCCAAGGUUGUCGGUUCCUCGCUUAAAGAUCAAAUGUAACAGUGAAAUUAAACCUUUAAUUAAUUC